AUGAAGGAAUCAAGAUUAUAUAAAGAUAGGGAGGAUGGUUAAAUAUCUCUUAAUAAAUCACAAUAAUUAAUGGUGAAGGAAAGAUAAAAAACUCAUUAAUAAAUUUAGUUAUCUGAAUUAAAAAAUGAGCAAUUAUAAUAUAUGAAAGAGAGAGCAUAUUGGACAAUAGGAGAGGAAGUGAUAUUAUUGAAGUACGUAAAGUGUCAUGAUGGACUAUAGUGCAAUUGGGAUGGAUUAAAAUAAAAGUUAAGAAAAAAAGAUGGAAAUGAUUGUUAAAAGAGAUAUGAAGAAAUAAGAAGACCAAAGGAUGAAGAAUAUGAGAAAGCAGAGACUCCAAUAGAUAAAAGUUGGGAUGAUAAGAAAGAGAGCAUAUUAUUAUAUAGUUAUAUAAAAUACUAAGGUUAAUGGGGAAAGAUUCAAAAAAGGAUCAGUGAAUUUAGUAUUUAAGAAUUGUAAGAGAAAUUAAGUGAGGUAAUAAAAAUAAUAGAUUUCUAGAUAUAAAGUUCAAGAGGAUUGAAUAAUCAAUGGAAUGUAUAUGGAGAUUACUAAUUAUUAGAAGGAAUAAUGAGAAAUAAGAAGUUGUAAGAACUUGAAGGAUAAUUUGGGAAGAAUUAAGAAGAAAUAAUGAAUCAUGUUAAAGAAAUAUUGGAAGAAUUAGGAAAGAAAUUUAGAAUAACAGAAAAUGAUUAUUUAAGUGAUAAAUCAGAUGAUUAAGAAUAGAUUAGAGAAAGAAUAGAGAUAGUAAGUAGUAAUAAUAGUGAAGGAAGUGGAUACAAUAGUUCUGAUAAUUGA